AUGCAAACCGUUUUACUGCCUAACAACACCUUCAUAAUACAAGACCUAAGUAGUGCUGAUGAAGGACUCUACUACUGUAAUGUGUCGAAUAAGUAUGGAAUCGCUCGUGCAACUAAUAGACUUCAAGUGUUCAGUAAGCAGCAACAAGCCUUCAACUUCUCUCUAAUUGAACUUACAGAGCCAACUUACUUUGUGAAAAUUCCGACCCCUCAGAAGUUGUGGUUAGAAGCUGGUAACUCGGCCGAGUUACAUUGUGAAGCCAUAGCAGAUCCUCGACUUCAAGUGCACUAUAAAUGGACAAUCAAUGGCAAAAUAAUCAACGAGAGCUCCACAUUUCAUAUACUUCCCGAUCGACUGCGUAUCAAUAAAGCUCGUGGUAGACAUUCUGGACUGAUAGACUGCGCCGCAGUCACUGAUGUUGACGUUAAACUUGCAUCUAUGAAGCUUAUAGUAAAAGAUGUUCCCGCGCAUCCAAUCCUGGAACCGGUAAUAUGCUCUGAAAGGAAAGCAGUCAUACGAUGGAAAGCAUCGGAUGAGCAUGGCGAUCAAAUCAAAAAAUACACAGUUGAAAUGCAUACGGAUUUUCGCAAGAACGUGUGGGAACGAGUCGUCGACGAAUUAAAUGUUGAAAAAGAGCACUAUGAAGCUGAUGUCACAUUGACACCUUGGAUACCUUCAGAUGAGGUUAAAACCGUUUCUUGCUCAACAAGGCCUUCAUUCCCGUACUCGAACCCAGCUGGAGUGAGAGCUGAAGGGACGGAGUCGGAUAACUUAGUAGUGUACUGGGAGCCGAUGGAUAAGUACUACUGGAACGCGCCCAAUUUACAGUAUAAACUGAACGAACCUCACACGGCAUGGACAGAAUUUCUCGUGGAAGAUUCACAAGCCAAUCACACAAUUAUCCGUGAACAGCCGACUUAUCGUGAAUUCCUAGUGCAAGUCCGAGCUGUCAAUGCACUCGGGCCUAGCAUUUUAGAACCAGAAGUUAUAAAGGGAUACUCUGGAGAAGAUGUGCCUUCUGAGUCACCGAGUAACUUCCGCAUUGAGAAAGUCGUAAACUUCUCCUCGGUCAGUUUUGCUUGGGAGCUUGUGCCGGAGUCUACCGUCAAUGGUUUCUUCCGUGGUUAUGAAGUGAGUGACCGGAUUUUUGAUUUCAGUUCCGUUACUGAGUUUCUACUUCAGAUCGAAUUUUGGCGUGAUAAUCUACCCGCACGGAAGUAUCGCAUACUCGCUCUACCGAAUCAGACUGAGAAAUUGAUCACAACCCUGGCAGCCAACUCGAACUAUUCUGCAGUUAUUCGAACAAAAAAUCGACACCAUGCGAGCGAAGCAAGUCCGGCAGUGCAUUGGGCAACACCUGAAGGAUGUUAGUU